AUGAAUCUUGCUUUUGGUUGGUUCUGUUUGUUGGACCUCAGGAACGUUGCUCUUUGGCUGCCGCGCUGCCGCGCUGCCGCGUCCCAACAACUGUUAGAGAUGGAUGGCAUGCUUGCCCCUCAAGCCAAGACUCUCUUACAACGCCUUGCUUCUGCUACUGCCUCCAAAACUCAAUUUUCCUACUCUCAAAUGAUGUUCUUCAUGCAGACCCGUAUCUCAAUUGCCCUUGUGAAAGCUACCCAUUUAUGUCUCCGUGGAUCCCGCAAAGCCAAACCCUUUGCCCCCCGUAAUGGUCCUCAAUUUCUUGCGCCUGAUCCCACAGAACCUAGUCCUGAAUUUCGACUGUUCUUUGCUUAA